CUCUGUGACCAGGGCACCGCUGUGUUUGGGGACAAACAACCGGGUAAAGAGAGUUAAAACUUCUGAAAAUCCCCGGAGGUCCUCCUCUGUUUAUAUAUGUCAAUGUUAGCAAACAGCAACCGGUAUGUCAGGAUGGCCGAGCGGUCUAAGGCGCUGCGUUCAGGUCGCAGUCUCCCCUGGAGGCGUGGGUUCGAAUCCCACUUCUGACAAUAUCUUUUGAUCCACAUCAGCAGAGUCUGACACUGAGGGUUAAAACCUCGCCGAUAUUUUAUUAAACACAAAGGAAACUGCCGUAUCUUAGUCACAUAGUUUGCAAAGAAAUGACAGAACAACACCACGGGCUAAAUAAAGCACAAUAAUCAAUACACCGAAUAAAGAAUAAUUGAGCUGGUCAUGUCGGUCUCUCAGGUCUCUCCUGGUCUGUUCCUCAGCGGCCUGGACGCGGCUCUGAACCUCAGUGUGUUGACCAGCAGGAAAAUCACCCUCAUCAUUAACGCCAGUGGACUGGAAGAUGUGUCCUACCCUCAGUUCGACGGCCUGCAGGUCCUCCAUGUCCCCGUCCAGGAUCAACCUCACGCUCCCCUGAGACAGUAUUUCGACCCUGUGGCUGAAAGGAUCAACCAGAACCAGACAGGGAGGACUCUGGUCCACUGCACUGCCGGCAGGAGCCGAUCCCCUGCUCUGAUAAUGGCCUACCUGAUGAGGUUUGAAGGUCUCAGCCUCCGUCAGGCUCAUGAACAGGUUUUGGAGCAGCGACCCUUCAUCAGACCCAACGCUGGUUUCUGGAGACAGUUGAUGGACUACGAGAGGACUCUGUUCAGCAGGAACACGGUGAGGAUGGUGCAGACGUCCAGCGGAGUUCUGCCUGAGGCUCUGCAGGAUUCUGAGGACUCCAACACCACUGCGGCGUACUGUGUCAAUGUUUGAUGGACUGUGAACAAACUGAGUUUCUACUCAGAGACAUUAAAGCUGCUCAGGUCCAAAUCUUCCUGGAGACACAAAGUCGCCUUUUAGUUUUCCAGAGAUUUUUUAAUAAAGCAUGUUUGUGUCAGAGAGAAACAACUUAAGGUUUGAAACCAACUUUUCAGGGACUUUAAUGUAAAAACAGCUGAAAGGAUGAAAAUUUAACUAUUACAUCAAUAAAAAAAGGAGGAAACGAAAAAAUGUUAACUGUUCAUGAUUUAACACAGUAAAGGUACAAUCCAAGAAGAAGCUGCCAAAGACUGGUGGAU